UCGUUGCAACCUCGACUGCUUUGCUAUCAAUUCCAUCACUCGGGUCCCUUCGUAUAGUUCGGCACGAUUGGCAGUCAUCGGUCCAUAUCUCCCGAUCGCCGAACUUGCAUCAACCCAGCCUACCGUACUGAACGGACCGAAAUGGAUCGGUCAAGUCGUGAUUCGUGACAGUGUUUCGAGAUCCUGGCAAGAGGUAACCACAUCGGUAACGACGAAAGAGUGGUGUAGACUUGCAGAGUGUGUACUGGUCCAGGAUCGCCAAACCCCUCUCAGCCCCCUGGCAAGAUGCUUCCAGCCGGUGCUGACGGCAUAUAUGUACACCACUGUGAAAUAGCUAACAGUAUGUGGCCAACCGAGAGACAUUGCCACACCGCUAUCAGCUGGAGGCACGGUCGAAAACAAGCCGUUCAACUUGACCACCUCGCAGAACGAACAUUGGGUAGCCACCUCUCAGACGCCAAAUUAUACGUACGAGACCUCUAAGUGAUAACUCUUCGAUGAUGUGCCCUAACAGCAAUGGCAGCUCCAGUUCAUUUUGAUAUAAUGAACAAUAGAACAUGGUGAAACACAUGUUGACUUCUCCAUAUCCUCUCAGCUACGCUUCUCGGUUACGUGCGGUCACCAAUGAUGAUGAGAGUUUAUCAGAUUUACGGAGUGGGCAAAUCAGACUUGCUCAGCAGAUCUUUCGGCCUACCUUCGUAGGUGCCCAUCGAAAGAGCCAUUCAAAGGGACCGGAAGAUGAUCCACUGAGUUCGAUGUGUCUGAUAGGCCGGCAAUGUUCGAUCGGUACGGUUUUCUGCAUCCUUCAUCCAAACGAUGGCUGGAGCAAUGCAGGCAUGUAUUCAGUCUCAGCGGUUACCGAUCGUCUCCGUUUCAAGGGAAUGCUCUCCAUGCUCAUCCGAAUCAAAAGUUGAUUGCGGCAAGCGCAUUUGCCGUUGAUGGCAGUACACUGACAGGAUAUGUGGGAAGCAAUGCCAGCGAUUGUAUUAGAGAUGACGAAGCCAUUGGGACUACGCCCAGGACUGUCUCGCUCUCUUGAUAAGCCCCACGUACGUGGUACCCGUCCCGCAUCGGUGUAGACUUGCAUAUGGGGUAGACUCGCUUUCUUGACCGCGACGGUUUAUCUCGUCGAGGCUGAUCGUCAAUCUGAUAAGUCUGUUCGUUAGUCCAUUUAGCUGUGUAUAUGUAAGGAAGUCCAAUAUAGACAUGUAUACUGUGCAUAUUAGAAUUUGACCAGGGCAAUUGGACACACUUCACCCAU